CAGGGCGGGGGUAUCGGAUUAGUCUUUGUUUUCGACGCGAAAGAGCCGAGCGCGGCGCAGGGGAGGCUGGCGAUGGCAGGGCCCUGGGGUGUGCCUGGGCCGGGCGCUCGGCCGUGACCCGGGUCUCCGCCAGCCCGUGGCCUCUGCCCCCUCCCCGCUGGGGCCCCCUUCUCUGCGGGCCAGGCUGACUCGGCAGCGCUGCCUUCUCCACAUCCUCACCCCCCCCAGGAGAGACACCCGGGGGCUGCCCUGCCCAGCCCUGCCUGGCCCCAACCCACCUGCUCACCUCAUGCCUGGGUCCGGGGUAGGUGAGGGUGAAGAGCUCACCCAGCCAAGAUGAUCCCUUCGCUGGGCGCUGCUGGUGCUGUCCCGCCCCAGAUCCCGGGCCCCCGCGGGUUCCAGAGUGGCCUCCUGCUCAGCCCCAUCAGACUGCUGCAGAGGAGGUGAAGAGGGCAUUGACCAGAGGCACCCGUUGGAGCAGGAAGCGACUCGCCGGUACCCUCUGUAGACUGUUGACUGUUUUAGGAGAGAAGGACCUCUUGGUGGCCUUGGCGGGGCAGGCAGGUGGGCGGCGGGACUGUGGCUCUGCCGGGGCACCUAUGCACCCCACCACGGCUGCAUCAUGAGUCAGUUCCAGGUGCCUCUGGCCGUUCAGCCAGACCUGCCUGGCCUUUACGACUUCCCCCAGGGCCAGGUGAUGGUAGGGGACUUCCAGGGACCAGGACUCCCAAUGACUGGAAGUGAACCCCAGCUCCGAGGGGGUGCAGAUGGGCGAAAGAAGCGGAAACGGUGUGGCACUUGUGAGCCCUGCCGGCGGCUAGAAAACUGCGGGGCUUGCACCAGCUGCACCAACCGCCGCACGCACCAGAUCUGCAAGCUGCGCAAGUGUGAGGUGCUCAAGAAGAAAGUGGGGCUGCUCCAAGAGGUGGAAAUAAAGGCAGCUGAAGGAGCCGGGCCGUGGGGACAAGGGGCUGCCGCUGUCAAGACAGGUGCAGAGCUCAGCCCGGUCGAUGGACCUGUUCCAGGUCAGAUGGACUCAGGGCCAGUGUUCCAUGGGGACUCGCUGCAGCUGAGCGCCUCCGGGGCGCCCGUCAAUGGUGCUAGAGAACCUGCCGGACCCAGUCUGCUGGGCGCCGGGGGUCCGUGGCGAGUAGACCAGAAGCCCAGCUGGGACGCUGCCCCGGGCCCAGCUCACACUGCUCGCCUGGAAGAUGCCCACGACCUGGUGGCCUUCUCGGCGGUGGCCGAAGCGGUGUCCUCGUACGGGGCCCUUAGCACCCGGCUCUAUGAAACCUUCAACCGUGAGAUGAGUCGCGAGGCUGGCAACGGCGGCAGGGGCUGCUCUGCCGGCAGCGAAGACCUGGACACGCUGCAGACGGCGCUGGCCCUCGCACGCCAUGGCAUGAAGCCCCCCAACUGCAACUGCGAUGGCCCGGAGUGUCCCGACUACCUCGAGUGGCUGGAGGGGAAGAUCAAGUCCGUGGUCGUGGAGGGGGGCCAGGAGCGGCCCCGGCUCCCGGCGCCGCUCCCUCCGGCGGAGGCUGGCCUCCCGGCCCCCAGCCCCCAGCCCCGGCCCCUGCUCAGCGCCGACGCCGCCCCCCAGGUCCCUCCCCCAGAGGGGCUGCCCCUGUCCCAGAGCGCCCUGAGCAUCGCCAAGGAGAAGAACAUUAGCCUGCAGACCGCCAUCGCCAUCGAGGCCCUCACCCAGCUCUCCUCGGCCCUGCCCCAGCCUUCCCACUCCACCUCCCAGGCCCCGGGACCCCUGCCCGAGGCCCUGUCCCCUCCCGCCGCCCCUUUCCGAAACCCCCAGUCCUACCUCCGGGCUCCCUCAUGGCCAGUGGUCCCCCCCGAAGAGCACCCGCCCUUCGCUCCUGAGAGCCCCGCUUUCCCGCCCGCACCUCCGAGGACGGAGUUCUCUGACUCUUGGGGCACCGACACCCCACCAGCAACCCCCCGCAACUCUUGGCCCACGCCCCGCCCGAGCCCCGACCCCAUGGCCGAGCUGGAGCAGUUGCUGGGCAGCGCCAGCGAUUACAUCCAGUCAGUAUUCAAGCGGCCCGAGGCCCUGCCCGCCAAGCCCAAGGUCAAGGUGGAGGCUCCCUCUUCCUCGCCGGCCCCAGCCCCGGCCCCGGCCCCAGCCCCGGCCCCCACCCCUCUCCCACCGCCGCGAGAGACCCCCCCGGGCGGCCCGGAGCCCAGCGCCCACCAGAAGGCCCAGACGGCGCUGCAGCAGCACCUGCACCAUAAGCGCAGCCUCUUCCUGGAGCAAGCCCAUGACACCUCCUUCCCGCCCCCCACGCCCACAGAGUCCCCCACCCCCGCCCCCGCCUGGUGGGCACCCCCCAGCUCCCCUGCCCCGCGGCCUCCAGACAGACCCCCCAAGGAGAAGAAGAAAAAGCCCCUGGCCCCGGCCGGCGGCCCCGUGGGCACCACCGAGAAGGCCGCCCCGGGGCUCAAGCCCAGCGUCCGCAAGCCCGUGCAGAUCAAGAAGUCGAGGGGUCGGGAGGCCCAGCCCCUCUUCCUGCCCGUGCGGCAGAUCGUCCUGGAGGGGCUGCGGCCCCCUGUCUCCGAUGAUGCUCAGGCGCCUCUGCCUGCCCCCCUCCCCGCCUCCCAGGGCCCUUCUCUCCCCCUGCCCCCAGAACCUUCUCUUGCGCUAUUUGCACCUAGUCCCUCCGGGGACAGCCUGCUGCCCCCUACUCAGGAAAUGAGGUCCCCCAGCCCCAUGGCCGCCCUGCAGUCAGGCUCCGCCGGCCCCCUCCCCCCUGCCGACGACAAGCUGGAGGAGCUCAUCCGGCAGUUUGAGGCCGAAUUUGGGGAUAGCUUUGGGCUUCCCGGCCCCCCGUCUGUGCCCGUUCAGGACCCCGAGAGUCAGCCAACGUGUCUCCCGCCCCCCGAGAGCCCGUUUGCUACCCGCUCCCCUAAGCAAAUCAAGAUAGAGUCUUCAGGGGCCGUGACUGUGCUGUCCACGACUUGCUUCCAUUCCGAGGAGGGAGGCCAGGAGGCCACCCCCACCAAGGCCGAGAACCCGCUCACACCCACACUCAGCGGCUUCCUGGAGUCACCUCUGAAGUACCUGGACACGCCCACCAAGAGUCUGCUGGACACGCCGGCCAAGAGGGCGCAGGCAGAGUUCCCCACCUGUGACUGCGUCGAACAAAUAGUGGAAAAAGAUGAAGGCCCAUAUUAUACUCACCUGGGAUCUGGACCCACAGUUGCCUCCAUCCGGGAACUCAUGGAAGAGCGGUAUGGAGAGAAGGGAAAAGCCAUCCGGAUCGAGAAGGUCAUCUACACCGGGAAGGAGGGGAAGAGCUCACGGGGCUGCCCCAUUGCGAAGUGGGUGAUUCGUAGGCACACACUGGAGGAGAAGCUGCUCUGCCUGGUGAGGCACCGGGCAGGCCACCACUGCCAGAACGCUGUCAUCGUCAUCCUCAUCCUGGCCUGGGAGGGCAUUCCCCGCAGCCUCGGGGACACCCUCUACCAGGAGCUCACCGACACCCUCCGGAAGUAUGGGAACCCCACCAGCAGGAGAUGUGGCCUCAACGAUGACCGGACCUGCGCUUGCCAAGGCAAAGACCCCAACACCUGCGGUGCCUCCUUCUCCUUCGGCUGCUCCUGGAGCAUGUACUUCAACGGCUGCAAAUAUGCUCGAAGCAAGACCCCCCGCAAGUUCCGCCUCACAGGGGACAACCCCAAAGAGGAAGAAGUACUCCGGAAGAGUUUCCAGGACCUGGCCACCGAGGUCGCUCCCCUCUACAAGCGGCUGGCCCCCCAGGCCUACCAGAACCAGGUGACCAAUGAGGAAAUUGCAAUUGACUGCCGCCUGGGACUGAAGGAAGGGAGACCCUUCUCGGGGGUCACAGCCUGCAUGGACUUCUGUGCCCAUGCCCACAAGGACCAGCACAACCUCUACAAUGGGUGCACAGUGGUCUGCACCCUGACCAAGGAAGACAAUCGCUGUGUGGGCAAGAUCCCCGAGGAUGAGCAGCUGCACGUGCUCCCCCUGUACAAGAUGGCCAGCACGGAUGAGUUCGGCAGCGAGGAGAACCAGAAUGCCAAGGUGGGCAGCGGGGCCAUCCAGGUGCUCACCGCCUUCCCCCGGGAGGUCCGGCGCCUGCCCGAGCCGGCCAAGUCAUGCCGCCAGCGGCAGCUGGAAGCCAGAAAGGCGGCAGCCGAGAAGAAGAAGAUUCAGAAGGAGAAGCUGAGCACUCCCGAGAAGAUCAAGCAGGAGGCCCUGGAGCUGGCCAGCGUCCCUACUGACCCAGGCCUGGCUCUCAAGGGUGGAUUGUCCCAGCAAAGCUUGAAGCCGGCCCUCAAGGUGGAGCCACAAAACCACUUCAGCUCCUUCAAGUACAAUGGCAACGCGGUGGUGGAGAGCUACUCGGUGCUGGGCAACUGCCGGCCCUCCGACCCCUACAGCAUGAACAGCGUGUACUCCUAUCACUCCUACUAUGCACAGCCUGGCCUGCCUGUCAACGGCUUCCACUCCAAGUACGCACUUCCGUCCUUUGGCUACUACGGCUUUCCCUCCAGCAACCCCGUGUUCCCCUCCCAGUUCCUGGGGCCCGGGGCCUGGGGCCACGGGGGCAGCAGUGGCAGUUUCGAGAAGAAGCCAGACCUCCAUGCUCUGCACAACAGCCUGAGCCCGGCCUACGGUGGUGCUGAGUUUGCCGAGCUGCCGGGCCAGGCUGUUUCCACAGACACCCACCCCCCGACUCCUCACCACCAGCAGCCUGCUUAUCCAGGCCCCAAGGAGUACCUGCUUCCCAAGGUCCCCUCGAUCCACCCAGCGUCCAGGGACCCCUCUCCCUUUGCGCAGAGCUCCAACUGCUACAACAGAUCCAUCAAGCAAGAGCCAGUGGACCCCGUGGUCCAGGCCGAACCUUCACCCAGAGACACGGCAAAGAUGGGCAAGACGCCUUUGCCCGAGGCCUCCCAGAACGGGGGACCCAAUCACUUGUGGGGACAGUACUCAGGAGGACCAAGCAUGUCCCCGAAAAGGACUAACAGUGUGAGUGGCAGCUGGGGGGUUUUCCCUUCCGGGGAGAGCUCGGCUCUCGUCCCGGAGAAGCUCGGUUCUUUUGGGUCCAGCUGCCUGACCCCCUCCCACUUCGCAGAUGGCCAGUGGGGGCUCUUCCCCAGCGAGGGGCAGCAGCCACCUGCCCAGGCCGGAGGGCGGCUGCGAGGCAAAGCGUGGAGCCCUUGCAAGUUUGGCAACAGCACCUCGGCCUUGGCAGGGCCCAAUCUAACGGAGAAGCCAUGGGGGGUAGGAGCAGGGGACUUCAAUGCCACCCUGAAAGGCGGUCCCGGGUUCCAAGACAAGUUGUGGAGCCCCCUGAAAGGCGAGGAGGGCCGGAUUCCAACGCCGGGGGCGAGCCAGCUGGACAAAGCCUGGCAGUCCUUCGGCAUGCCCCUGGGCUCCGGUGACAAGCUGUUCGGGGCCCUGAAGUCCGAGGAGAAGCUGUGGGACCCCUUCAGCCUGGAGGAGGGCACGGCCGAGGAGCCCCCCGCCACCAAGGGGGUGGUGGUGAAGGAGGAGAAGGACGCGGGGGGCGUCGGGGCAGAGGAGGAGGAAGAGGAGCUGUGGUCCGACAGCGAACACAACUUCCUGGACGAGAACAUCGGCGGCGUGGCGGUGGCGCCGGCCCAUGGCUCCAUCCUCAUCGAGUGCGCCCGCCGGGAGCUGCACGCCACCACACCCCUCAAGAAGCCCAACCGCUGCCACCCCACCCGCAUCUCGCUGGUCUUCUACCAACACAAGAACCUCAACCAGCCCAACCACGGGCUGGCGCUCUGGGAGGCCAAGAUGAAGCAGCUGGCGGAGCGGGCACGGGCCCGGCAGGAGGAGGCGGCCCGCCUAGGCCUGGGCCAGCAGGAGGCCAAGCUCUACGGCAAGAAGCGCAAGUGGGGUGGCGCCGUGGUGGGCGAGCCCCAGCAGAAGGAGAAGAAGGGGGUGGUGCCCACGCGGCAGGCGCUGGCCGUGCCCACGGACUCGGCGGUCACCGUGUCCUCCUACGCCUAUACGAAGGUCACCGGCCCCUACAGCCGCUGGAUCUAGGUGCCUGGGAGCCAGCGUACCUCAGUGUCGGGCCCGGCCCGAGCUGCUCUGUGGUGCUUUUGCCCUCACACCUGGGGGCGGGUUGGGGGUGCAGAAGUCUCUUCAUCUAUAUCUACAUAUAUAGAUAAGCAUAUAUAUGUAUUUAUGGUCCAAACCUCAGAACUGACCCGCCCC